AUGGAAAAUAGAGGAGAAAAAGGAAUUCACAUGAACAGUCAUCUGAGUAAUUUCGAUGACCAGUCAGCACUUUCACAAGAAGUUUCUCAAGGGCUUAUUUUUUUAACAUCGAAAAAGGAAAGCGAUUAUAGUCAUCAAUGUGGUGAGCAGAUUUAUGGUGAUAAAUCGUUGGACAAUGAAGCAUUUGUCAUAAUGGAUAAUGAUGAAUAUUUUGUGGAUAUUCCUUCUAAUUGUUCAGGUUCCGAUAUUGCUGAUAUUUUAUGUAAAAGAAUCGCAGAUGGGGGACUUAAUUAUUCUGCAGAUGAAAAUUUGGAUUGCAAUUACCGGACAAAUAUUGAAACAUCUUAUUGCUCUGAAACUGUUGGAGAUUUUAUGAAUGAUCCCAGACAUGCUAAUCAAAAUAUGAAAGGCUCUAUGAUGCACUGGAGAUCAAGUUCAUCAAAUGUUGGUUCUUAUGGUUUUAAUGUUAAAAUUGAACCAGCAAUCAAACGAAGAAGUGCUGAUUAUAUACUUUUUGCCUUUUUAUCUUCUGGUUUCUUUUGUGGGAAAAGAUAUUUACAGUAUUCUGUGGAAAGAGAUUAUCUAUAUGCAAAACCUUUUAUAUCUAUACCUUUCGCGAUACUGUUCCAUACUGAAACUCCGACUUUAUCAGUUCUUCGUAUUUUUGCUCGAUAUGUGGAAACUGCUUAUGCUUCACAGCCGGUUCAUCGUUGUCCAUUGCAUUUAGCAUCUGAUGGUGUUUUUUUUUCAAUUUGUACUCGAGAGCAUUUCAUUGUGGUUGAUAUUCCUGAAGCAAUACAUGUCAGUGGACAGAGCUCAUUUCCCUUCCCCCAUGUUAUGAUAACAUUAUCUCAUCCAUCAGUCCCAUUUUUUAUUCCUGUUCAAUUCCAGUGCUAUUCAUCGUGCAGCGGAGGAAUCAAUCGCAGACCUUUAUUUCUUUUUUUUAUUUUAGAAGUAAAUGGAGAACUAGUAGGUGAACAGCGAAUGUCACUAAAAGUUUGUGCAUAUCCAUCGCGUGAUUGUGCUUCUGACGAACAGCCAACAAUGAAAAAACGUCGUAAAUGUAUUUCACCAGUAAUGGAAGUUGUCACACAAACGCAUUAUGAUAAGGCUCAUCGGAAAUCAUUUGAAGAAGACGACGAGACGAUUUAUGAAAUCCAGGUACGAGGUCGCCAUCUUUAUAAAUUAAUUUCAUCGAUUAUUUAUAAUUUUGAAUUAGGUAAACGUUAUGUGAAAGAAAAAGUAUCAGAAUCCCGUUAUAUGCAUUCAGUAUAUUCAAAUGAGUCUCUUUCUCCGAGGAUGCCGAUAUCUGUAUGGUUAAAAAAAAUCAAUCAGUCACAAUGUGAGGACUUGUUCAAUUCACGUGCAUUUUUUUUGCUUAGUGAUCUCGAAGGUAAAAUUAAUAAACAGUUUCUGGCUUCAAUGGGCAUGGACGAUAAGCAAAUUUCGAGUAUCCUAAAUUCAUAUCUUUCUUGGUUCAAUGUUUACAAUGCUCAACGAUUAAGCGAUUUAUCUUCGGAAGGAUCGAGUAUACGCAUUCAGCGAACUCGUAUACGAAAUAGUUUCCAUUAA